AUGUGGUUCACCCGUGCAGUUUCUUCCCUGCUGUUCCUGUUCGCCAUCAUCUUCACCAUACCCCUCGCAUUCGAUGUUGGCGGCAGAACCUGCGGCUUGGCCUUCUCGCUGGCUCUCUCCAGCUUCUACUUCUUCGACUCAACGCUCCGCUUAGCCACCCCGGACAGCUCCCGCAUGAGAAAGACCAUCGUCAGCCUACUCUCGCUCUCGCAGUGGAUCGUUAUCCCGACGCUCUUGAUUUGGAGUUUGAAUAAGUUCUCGGUCGAUGCGGAUAAUAGCAGUGGGUGGGUGCAGAGGACAUUCAGUGGUUCUCGGGCAGAAUACACUUCAGUCAGGGAAUGGUUGUUUGGCAGGGAGGGUCUGGUGGAGACCUUGACGAUCGGAAGCUGGGAUAGGCUAUUGCGCUGGUCUACGCCAGUCUUCCAGAUCAGCGAGGGUUUCUGCAGUCUGCUGGUUAUCCAAGCUCUAGGCCAGAUCUCCAGAUGGCUUGUCAACCGCGAACGUGGCGAUAGCUGGAUGAUUGGUCUCUUGAUCGUGUCGGCAUCCGUCAUCUCAAGCUCCGUGUACUUUUUGUGGAGGAUUACGACUUUCCCGGAGAUCGGCAACGUGGACGCUAUUCUGAUCGGAGCCGCCAUAACCUGCGCUAUCUUCCUGUGCUCCUGGGGAAUUGGAAGCGGUCGUGGAAAUCCGGUGGAGAGCUCUCUACUCUUUGCCUACGUUACCCUCUGCAUCUACCAAAUUUUCACGGACUACCAACCCUCUGAGCAAGCCCAGAGCGAACCCUCUGCUCAGCCAGCACUACCUCCGCUACCUCCUAUCAUCAUGGCUUCCUACACUACCCUGAUGCACGCCCUGUCGACUCUGCCUUCCACUGUACAUUCCGCCUUCAGCUUCAUUCUCGCCGCGAUCAUGACCAUCACGCCGUCGGUGCUUAUCUCUCUCGCCUACCGUGUCUUUGUUAUGUACGCAGCAGCUCGUAUUAUUCCAGCCGUCCGGGAAUCGGGUGCACGCGCUCUUACACAGGAUCCGUCCUUGGAUGAUGACGAUGAGGCUGGCCGCGUGUUAGGGUUCCUUAGCUGGUUCAGUCCGAGUAUCUUGAUUGCUGUCUACACAAGUUUGCUCAUGCAACACUUCGCUUCUUCCAGCACCAACGGCGAUGCGGCUGGGGAGUGGUGGACCAGCCAAGGUGGCGACGCUGGGGGCAACCUAUGGCGGUGGAUCAACCUCGCUGCUACAAUGGGCCUUUACGCAAUCGAGCUCAACCUUGGCAGAGCUGACGAUGACGGGCGCUUGACUAGCCACUGGAAAUCGGACUGA